UUGACUUUAUCGGGACACCUUCAAAGCGAACAAUUAAGAUCAACAGAACGUCCCCAUAUUCCGGAGUUUGAGUUGUUUUAUCAUUUGUAUCCACAUAUCUGAGCGUUAUUUAGAAUGUUUAGCUCAGCGAAAGUAAAAUUAGCUGUUACCGCAAUUGGGCGGCGAUACAUUGCUGUGAGAAGGCUUAAUGAAGUAAGAGUCUGGAGCAGAGGAUUUGCUUGCUCCGAACAUGGGGACGAGUCGUGCAGAGAUGAUAAUCAUGUUUAUGAUAUCGUAAUAUCCGGAGGAGGAAUGGUGGGGACUGCAAUGGCUUGUUCGUUGGGUCUUGACCCAAAUCUUCAAGGUAAAAAGAUUCUUCUGCUUGAAGCUGGGCACAAAAAAGUAAUGGACAAAGUUCCAGAGAUGUACAGCACCCGUGUGAGCUCCAUCAGCCCAGGCUCUGCCACCCUCCUAAGCAGUCUUGGUGCCUGGGACCAUAUAGUCAACCUAAGAUGUAAGCCCUAUCAAAAGAUGCAGGUUUGGGAUGCUUGUUCAGAUGCGCUGAUCACGUUCGAUAAGGAGAAUCUGCAGGACGAGAUGGCGUACAUCGUGGAGAAUGAUGUCAUAGUGGCUGCCCUAACCAAACAGCUGCAGACUCUCUCUGAUCAUGUAGAGGUGAAGUACAAAACAAAAGUUGUUAAAUACACAUGGCCUAGCUCACACCAGGUGGCUGACUCCAUCCCAUGGGUCCAGGUGACAUUAGCCAAUGGACAGACACUGCAAACCAAGCUAUUGAUUGGCGCUGAUGGGCCCAACUCAAUGGUCCGGAGGGAGGCUGGGAUUCCCACUGUGAAAUGGAAUUAUGACCAGUCUGCUGUAGUAGCCGUGCUGCAUUUAUCUGAACCCACCGAAAACAAUGUAGCUUGGCAGAGGUUCCUCCCAACUGGACCCAUUGCGAUGCUCCCAUUGUCAGAUACUGUCAGCUCACUCGUCUGGUCCACCAGUCACCAACAUGCAGAGCAGCUUCUGGAGCUCGAUGAGGAGAGUUUCGUUGAUGCCAUCAACUCUGCAUUUUGGAGUAAUGAGAACCACUCUGAUCUGGUGGAGACAGCGGGGUCUCUCUUUCGAACUGCCCUGUCUGUCUUGAUGCCGUCCGGAGCCUCCACCCGCCAGCUCCCACCCAGUGUGGCCGGCAUAGGCCCAAAGAGUCGGGUCAUGUUCCCGCUGGGAAUGGGCCAUGCGGCCGAAUACAUCCGCCACAGAGUGGCUCUUAUUGGGGAUGCAGCUCAUCGAGUCCACCCAUUGGCAGGCCAAGGUGCCAAUCUAGGUUUUGGGGAUGUGGACUAUCUCACACAAGUCCUCAGUCAAGCAGCAUUCAGUGGGAAAGACCUUGGGGCCAUGCAGCACCUUUUGGAGUACGAGACGGAACGUCAGCGUCACAACCUGCCGAUGAUGGCCGCCAUUGACCUCAUGAAGAGACUCUACUCCACCAACUCUGCUCCCGUGGUUUUACUGCGUACCUUUGGCCUGCAAGCCACCAACGCUCUACCACCUCUCAAAGAUCAGAUUAUUGCAUACGCCAGCAAAUGAAAACCGGUCCCAGAGCGGUGGUUUGAUGGGUCUCUAAAGACGAGACGGCAUGAGAACGGUCUCCGUGGAAUGUAAAACGUGUAAAUUAAUAAAUUAUAUUUUAACCCCUGCUCUUCUUCCGUUAACUUUUAUUGUUGUUAUCUUCUUAUUGUGAUCCCUGUGUCUUUUUGCACUGUAGGGUCAUAUACAUUUUGCACAUUCUGGCCGUCAAUGAGUAAAUAGGUUUCAUUUAUUUAGUCAGUAUUCUGUUAUGUUUGGGUGUAAUUUUUUCUUUAACUGCAAUGCCAACUCUUAAAGUUGCUCUAAUGUGUACAUGGAUCUUAGAGUGAACAGGAUAAGACCUCACUCAUAGUUUCAAAGAGUAUAGUCCUCUAAAAAAAAGCUAAUUGCAUACUGUGUAAGUAUAAGUGUAUGUACAUAUAACCUUGCUGUUGUA